UAUUUGAUUGCAAUAAUGGUUCAAAAUUGUAGCAAAAUAUAUUGGUACCGAUUUAAAUAAUCUCCCUACUCACGAUAAAAAAAAAAAUCUCCCUACUCACGAUAAAAAAAAAAUCUCCCUACUCAUCAGCAUCCAAAAUUAGGGUUUUUGUGGUUCAGGAAUCCGGUGAUCGGAAAUGGAAGACACCGCAGCGACGGACGGCAAAACGACACAAGAGCUAGCAAUGGAGGGACAGAAACAUCUAGAAGAAACGAUCGAAGCCGCAUAUCAGAUUCUCUCUUCAAUGAACGACGAGCUUUGUAACCCUUCUUUAUGGUCUAUUACUUCUCCUAGCAACAGUACAAUUUCUCCAACUGCUUCUGCUAAUACCAAUGCCCUCUCACAGAACGGCGUGGGAAAUGGCGAUUCUGCCUCUGAAGGAUCCGUUUCAGGUGGUGUCGGUGCUGGUCUAGGUAAUGGAGCUCUGGAGGAAGCUCGAUUUCGGUAUAAAAAUUCCAUUGCUGCUCUUCGUGAGGUACUUGCUGCCAUUCCAAAUUCACAGGAGGUAAACAUCUAAUUCUCUGCUAUUGACGUUAAUAUAAACAUGUUGCUAAGUUAUAUACCUCUAUUUUUCUCCGCAAAUAGGCGAAAGCAUUUGAAUCCAGUACAGCAUCUCCAGUAGAUGAAUCUGGUGUUGAAGGAUUGGAAGAGAAAGCCUCGAAUCUAAAAAAGGAACUUGUCCAGAAGAAUGCAUACAUUAAGCUUCUCAUUGAUCAAUUACGAGGUCUUAUCUCCGUUUUAUCUACAUGGCAAAGUCCUUGCUCUGAGUGAAGUUAAUAUAUAGAUAUCAUGACAUCAAAGUUGAGAUGCCUCCUGAGGACAAACCUUGACAGGUGUUCCUGUCUUUGGGUUCUCUCGGAAUUUUUCUCAAUUUUUAGUAGAUCUUUACUUGAGCUCAAGAUGUAAGAAGACACUCAUUUUAAGAAAAGCAAUGGUUUUCAUGAGUGAAUUUGAGCAAGAAUUUGUACUCCAUAAUUGUUGAGCGAUCUGUAUGAAGAAUCAAGUUACGCCCAUUUGGUUUUCAAUAGCUUUCCAUAAGGUUGUUAGCAUGAACCAUGAUAUGAUCGAUUUGAAUGUUUGAAAGGUCAAUUAUCAAAUGGACAGUCAUUGGUUCUUGGCAAAAAACUUUGUUCCUCCUCAAUUCGGAAUUUUCGGAUAUGCUCCAGUCAACUGCUAAGAAGCAAUUCUACUUUGAGGGCCCCCGUUUGGUUUUGGGCUAGUUUGCCUUUGAAUCUUUUUUUUUUUGUACUGGAAGAUUUAUUUUCUGGAAAGAAAACUUUUAGGUACCACCCAUUGUAGUUCAAAUAAGAUACGUAGUACAUGGUAGUUGUUCAUAACCAUUGUAAGGAUAUUUUCACUUGGAUUAAGAUUUUAUAGUCUGGUUAAGUGUGGUAAAUGUCUGACAUAUGGUAAAUAUAGUUUGGUUCACUUAUGUAUGGCCUGGAUUACUCUGAGAGCCUGAUUGGGGACCUCAUUUUUCGGCUUAUCA